AUGGAGCUGUUCGUUCAGCUGGAUUAUCGAGCUACAAAUAAUGAAACAGAAUAUGAAGCUAUUAUCGUCGAUCUACAGGCAACCCAACAUGUGGGAGCCACAAAGAUUCUUAUCCACUCAGAUUCUCAACUGGUAGCUCAACAACUCUCAGGAGCUAUAACUCUGAGCAUAAUCUUUGCUAUCAGGGCAAGCCCUUCAGAGUUUGUCAUCCCUCUAGAUAAGUAUGUCAAAGCAGUAUAUCACACCCGUGUUUCCAUCGGCAUGCAUUUUAGAAUGCUAUUUGAAACUGAGGAGUCUAGUGUGUGCAGAUAUAUGGGCACUGUCACAGGGAUAAGUGAUCUAGAUCCUGUCCGAUGGCCAAAUUCAUAUUGGCGCUCUGUGAAGGUUGGCUGGGAUGAGUCAACUUCUGGAGAGAGGCAGCCAAGAGUCUCUCUUUGGGAGAUUGAGCCUUUAACAACGUUUCCAAUGUAUCCAUCUUCCUUUCCACUUAGGCUCAAGCGCCCUUGGCCUUCUGACUUGCCCUCACUACAUGGUGGGAGAGAUGAUCUUAUGUGGCUUCGAGAUGGAGACAGAGCAAUCCAGUCUUUGAAUUUCCAGAGAUUCUGUAAUCAGACGUUUACCGAGUGCUAUUUCAAAAGUUGGAAAUGUGAGUGGCUGAAGGGGAAGAGAACACUGAGGAAGAUUUAGUUAAAUCUCUGCAC